UUCUUUUUUUUUUUUCAUUAAAAAAAUAAAUAACAAUAUUGAUUAAUAUGGCUGCUUCUGCUACAGAAAAGAAAACAACUACUAGUACAAAGAAAUCUGAUCAUCCUACUUAUGAGGCUAUGAUUCAAAAUGCUAUUGUUGCCUUGAAGGAAAGAAAAGGUUCUUCUAGACCUGCUAUCAAGAAAUAUAUUUUAGCCAAUUAUAAGGUUAAUCCUGGUUCUCAUUUUGAUUCUCAAAUUGCUGCUGCUAUUAAACGUGGUCAUGCUAAGAAUAUCUUUGCUCUCCCCAAGGGUCUUUCUGGUACUGUUAAAUUGAAUAAGGCUGAAAAGUCUGAAAAGAAGCCUGCUCCCAAGAAGGCUACUGCUACAAAGAAGGUUGCUGCAGCAAAGAAGGCUGCUUCUACAAAGAAAUCAUCUAACACUGAUACUAAGAAAGCAGCUACCACAUCUACUAAAAAAUCAACUACUGCUGCUGCCACUACCUCUACUACUACUAAGAAAGCACCUGCCAAGAAAGUUGCUGCUGCUAAAAAGGCUGCUGCUACCAAGAAGGCCUCUACUACUGAAAAGGCUGGUGUAAAGGCACCUACUAAGAAAGCUGCUCCCAAGAAGAAGGCUGCUGCUGCUGCUGCUCCUAAAAAGAAAGCUGCCACCAAGAAGACCACUAAGGCAUAAUUACUUUCUAUGAACAUUUUAUAUACAAAAAAAAAUAUAUAUGUAUAUGAUGUCUUUUACCCUUUUUAUAGCACACCUUAUUUGUCACCCUUUUUUUUCUUUCCCCCCUUUCGUUAUUUUUUUUUUUAAUACUACACACUAUAUAUUUUUAAAGAAAAAAAUUUUUUUUUUUAUUUAUUUAUUAGGUGUAUACGUUUAAUAUUUUAUAUAUUUAUAUACAUAUAGGCAAAGAGGAAUUAUUGUUCACCUUGAUUAAAAAUAUACAAAUUAUAAAAAAAAAAAAAAAAAAAAAUUUUUGAAAAAAAAAAAAAAAGAUAUAGUUUUUUUUUUGGAGGGGGGCGCGCGUC